AUGGCAUAUGAAAGCUCAAAUCCUUUCGGGCAAGGAAUUCCCUUACAAGAGGGCCAACCCAUCCAGCUUAUCAGAUAUGAACUUGGGAGGAUAUAUGUAGUUCCCGAAGCUUUAGAAAUUCUGCAACAGAUAAGGGAACCAGUUGCCGUAAUCGCUGUCGUCGGCUCGUAUAGACGAGGGAAAUCAUGGUUCGCUAACGUGUUGCAUGGUCGGCACGAUGGAUUUGAACUUGGAGCACAAGUAAGCGGUUGUACGCGUGGUAUCUACAUGUGGGAUACACCGUUCAUACACAAAGGAAAAAGAGUGAUUGUACUUGAUACAGAGGGGAUAGAUGAUCCCGACCAAGAAACCGAAUGGGCGACGAAGUUAUUCAUUCUUUGCCUCGUACUUUCAUCAACUUUGGUCUACAAUAUAAACGGGGUAGUAGGAAGUGGUGAUGUCGGCAAGUUAAUUUUAAUGCAGGACUUGUCCAGAUAUAUUCAACCUCCACAAGAUAACAACUACCUGCCGCAUCUAGUAAUGCUGCUUCGAGAUUUCGGGUUAGAACGACCAGAAUCAUUGAAAGCGUAUUUUCUAGACACUUUGGCGAGGUCUAAUUGCGAGGCUGCUGAAGGCAUUAAAAGAUCGUUCAAAGAAUUAAGCGUCUAUGCUUUGCCUCAUCCAGGAGUCGGAAGCAAGGAUCUCCGACAGAUGCAAUUAAUCGAUACAGACAGUCUGGAAGAAGAAUUUGUUGAGGAAACCACGGCAUCUGUAAGGGAUAUCUUUAGAAGGCUUGAGCCCAAAUAUAUCGGGUAUCUAAAAAUGAACGGUCUCGCGUUCACAGACUUUCUCGUCCAAUGUGUUGCGAAGAUGAAUGAUACAGAUCAUUUAUCAAUUCCAGAUGAAUACGAAAGUGUUAUCCAACACGUAGCGUAUAAAAUGAAAGACAGAUGUCUGAGACAGUAUCAAGAGGAUAUGACUGAUUUAGCAAAUUCUACACCGAUGCCUUGGGAAGAGUUUACCGCAAAGCAACAAGCUAUCUUUGACGAUGUUAUAAAAGAAUACGUAGGAAGUUUAAUAGGUUCUUUGAAGCAAAUUAACGAAUUCAAGGAAACAUUCCAACAAGAAAUUGACAACGUCAAAAGGCCAUAUUACGAAAAAAAUUCGAAAGAGCUGUAUGACUUAAAUCUAGGAAAGGCUAACAUGCUUUGGAGCCAGCUGGUUGAGCCAGGGUUGAACAUUGACCGGUUAUUUACCGAAGCCGAAUUCCGGCAAGCUAUUACGAAUUUCGAAAAACAAUAUGCAGAGUGCUGGAUUCCAUCACCAGAGGCCAUGGAAGCCUUAAAAUACUUUAAAGAAAAUCAAUAUAAAGCUUCGAUAGACGCGCUUACAAACUUCAACGUAAUCAACGAAAUGCUGGCAAUAGAAAUGAAAGAACGAGAAAAACUCCAAGAGCAAUUCUUGGAAAUUACUCAGCGAGAAAUGAGACUUAAAAACUACUUGGCCGACCGUGAUCAACAAAUACAAUCCAUCCAGGAAGCCUUGAAUUCCAAAAACGAGGACAUUCAGCAAGCGGUACAGCAGCAGGCAGAAACAGGAUCGAGCGUAGAUGAUAAAAUCAGAGACGAAAGCCAGAAAACAAUCGAAGAGCUGAAAGCUAAAUAUAUUCAAGACAUGGCGAAAAUGCAAGAAGAAUUGGAAGAGGCGAGAAAAAAUAAAGAAGACUAUCUGAAAGAGGUUGGUGUUGCAAUCGUUACUACCAUCCUGAACCUCGUUACGCAAUACCUGGAUCAUGAAGAAAGAAGUUAG